UGUUUUUUGUUGACUCCACUGUUUAAAAACUUUAUAAAAACCGACGAUCAACAUAGAGCUCUUUUGAUAAAUCACGUUUUGUCACCAGCGUUUCCGCAGUGUGAUAUUCUAAAAUUACCUUUCGACUGAUGCUAUGCGGAGCUAUAUAAUAUAUCUAUCUACUGACGGGAAAAAAAUAUACAUCAAAUUGCAAGACGAUAAUUACGUCUUUAUAUUGACGGCUGUGGCAUCGGGAAAAUAUACGGUCUACAAGUGUUAUUAACAAUUGAAUGUAUAAAAUACAUAAUACUUGCGAUGAACUAUGAUGCAAACAAAAAGCCAGCUGUUGGCCAAAGUCAAACACAGAUACUGCGUAUAAAAGGGAACGCCGAAUAGCUUACAGUGUCCAGUUUGCAACUUUUUCUGGACGCGUUUCUUGAACUACGACGGUCGAAAUGAUGAAGUUAGCUAUUCUCCUCGUCGUUGCCGCUAUUGCUAAACAGACAUACGGGGAUGAACCGGAAGCUAUCGUAGGAGGUAACGUGGCCACACCCGGUCAAUUUAAAUGUCAAGUUUCUCUCCAGGUAUUUGACCAACAUAUUUGCGGGGGAUGUCUCAUCUCUGAAACCCAUGUCGUUACUGCUGCCCAUUGUCUUGAGAAACCUGAUCAUAGGAUUGGUUUGACUGUUGUAACGGGAACCAUUAACACGGGGAAAGGUGGCGACAGACACGGAGUCAAGUGCAUUCGUUUGCAUCCUGACUACACUGGUAAGAAAGAAGAGGGCUGGAUGAACGAUAUUGCUGUGCUCACUUUGAAAGCGCCGGUCAGAACAAACAUUUACCAAGGCCCGAUUAAGCUAGCGAGUAUGGAUUAUACCACUGGUAAACAUCGCGGUCUAAUAAGUGGAUGGGGAAGGACCGAUGUAACUUCAGCCCCUUCGCCGGUACUUAGGUGGGUCGAAGUGAACGUUUUGAGCUUGGAGCGCUGCUUGAACGGCCACAGAAAUCCACCGAAAACCAAUCCGAAACAAGUAUGCACCCUGGAGAAGUUUGGGAAAGGUGCCUGCCAGGGCGACAGCGGCGGUCCUCUCAUCGUCAACGACGAGCUCUGUGGUAUCGUCUCUUGGGUCACGCCCUGUGCUAUGGGUGUAUCUGAUGUAUUAACUAAUGUUUUCCAUUAUCUCAAAUUCAUCGAGGAGUGUCAAGCCAAGUGCCCAUAACUCGAAUAAUCGACCGGCAAUCUAUACAUCAAAUAUUUUCCAAAGUUUUCAGUUACCACGCGCGUGUCAAUACCAUCAUCGAUAUCUCUAUUAUAUAUAUUUGAUUGAUAUAGAAUCAUUAUUGAAAUAGAUGUUAAGGACGCUUUGGUGGUGGUGUCAUUUAUAACUACACAUUUGCUCAUUUAUUUCCGUUUCGGAAUAUCUCUCCAUGUAAUCCAGCAAAAGAAAGCAAAGAAUGAUAUUUACCUGCAUUUCUAAUGAUAAUGUUAUAUUCUCUCAGGUACUUUGAAAGUCAGAUUGAUAACGAAGUAAUAUACGUUUUUAUUUAAUACCGCUAUUA